AGAGUCAGAAACAGUGAAAGGAGUGUUUUAAGAGAAGGACGCCAAGAAUGGGGACUAUGAAGUGGCUGGUGAUCUUUGUCUUGAUGGGCAUAAGCUCACAGGCUACAGCUAUGACAGCAACCGUGUUCGCAUCAACAUCUAAUAUGGUGUUUUUCCAAUGGACCGGGGUCACUGGAGCCACCUCAUACGAGGUCACUGUCACACUCAAAAGCUCACCAAGCAACCGCAUUGCUUUUGCCACAUACAGUCAAUACACAGUGAUGGGAUCUAUCAGUUCAUUGUCCCCAGGGAUCUUGUAUGAAUUCACAGUUAAUGCUCUGGGUGAUUCCGGAAAUGUUCUGAGCACAGCAUCUUUUGACUCAGCCACAGCCCCUAACACGAUGGAUCCCAUUCAGGAUGUGAAGGCAAUGGAUAGCAAAACUUUGAUGGCGAGUUUCAGCUUGCAGGCCGACGCAACUAGUUACAUCAUACGAAUCCAGAAUGCCAAUGGCUUCUACAGAGAAGACACAGUGUCUAUGUCACCUGCUGAGAUUAGGUCACUCACGCCAUACACUGAGUACACACUCAGCGUUAUUGCUGUGAACAGUGCAGGCCGCAGCCAGCCGUCAUCUCCUGUGACAGCAAAGACAGUUUUGCCUCCUCCCGAGAUCAUUUCCACUUCCUCUCCCAGCAAUGACAGCAUCAUGGUAUCCUGGACACCUGUUGCUCAAGCUGUCCAGUACACCAUGUCCAUAUACAAGUUGGGCUCAAGUCACCAGAUGCACUACAACACCACCAACACCAGUCUAACCGUCUCAGAUCUGGAUGCUGGCUCACUCUAUUUCAUCAAGUGUUACGGCUGGGACCCUGAGGGUCGAAAGGGAGAGAGCAGUCCGUACGUCAACCAGACAACACGACCUCCAACGCCAUCUUCUGUCAGUGUCUCUGUGGUGAUAACUGUCCCCGGACUCUCUGUGUCCUGGGAACCCGAGGUCAAUGCAUCCAUCGAGUACCUUGUACAGAGUAAUAAUAACCUCACGUGUGCCUCCCCAUCCACCUCCUGCAUCCUGUCACCAGUGGCCUGUGGACACGUGUACACCAUCCAGGUCACCGCUUGGAACGAGGCUGGGCCCAGCUACCCAUCCAGCCCUGUGGUGUUCAUCACCUACCCCUGCCCACCAGAGUCUUUGGCUCUUGUGGAGUCAGAAGAUAACUGCACGCUGACAUGGGACACAAUGCCUUAUGCUGAAAGCUAUGAAGCCUUCAUCAAGCGUAGUGACAGCAGCGAGAUACUCUGCAACACAACCGGCAGCAGCUGUACCUUCCAGUGCCUGUGUGGCUACACUUUCCUGAUGUCUGUGUUCGCGGUCAACCAGGCUGGCAGAAGUCCUCAAGGACCAGUUCUCAAUCAUACCAACUUACCUUGUUGUCCGGAGGGUGUAUCUGUCAAAAGCGUGGGCACUGACACUUUGGAGAUCAUGUGGACGGCCUCACGGGGGGCAGAGCUGUACGAGACUCGGGCUGUGGACAGUUCAGAGGUCAUCCUGUGUAACGACACAGCACCGGUGUGCGCCCUCUCUGACCUCACCUGCGACAGUCCCUACAGCGUGAUCGUGGCACCAUGCAAUGACAGGGGCUGCAACCGUACUUGCCAAGCACACACCAAAGACACAGCUCCUUGCCAGCCAAUGGAUCUGAUGCUGAAUCAGAAAAACGUCACCUGUGUCACUGUCAGCUGGACAGCAAGCAACAGGGCUGCUACUUAUAAUGUGAGGGCGUCAGGACCUGACGGCACACGUACUUGCACCACCAGUGGAAACAGCUGUGACAUCACUAACCUUCCCUGUGGCUCAACCUAUGAAGUCACCGCACUUGCAGAAAGUGCAGCCGGUUUGAGUUUACCCAGCUUCUCUCAAUCGCUGGAAACAGUGCCCUGUUGCCCGGUGAAUCUAACAGUGGAACAGGUGACUCAGGCGAUAACCAACGUCUCAUGGUCUCAUGCCAAAGGGGCACAUUCGUUUAUCACCUCUCUGACAUCAAUUCAUGGUCACGCCCGCUGCCACACCCAAGACUACCACUGCCUCAUGGGAUGCAUCACCUGUGGGACCAACUACACUGUUACCAUGAAGGCCUUGAGCCAGAGUGGGCGCUCGUCCAACUGCACCUAUCACGGCUUUUCAUCUAGUGCCUGCUGUCCGUCAGGUGUCAGGCUCUACAGUAGGGAAAAUAACACUAUGCGGGUGUACUGGCGCAGCGGUAGCAGCAGCCACACCUACAUCGCAGAGAUGGUGGGCACCAACAACAACUACAACUGUACUGCAUCUCCUGGAGAGAACAGCUGUGAUAUUGAAAACGUCCAGUGUGGGGAGAGCUAUAAUGUGAUGGUUGCACCACUCACACCCGAGGGCAGCAGAGUCAAUUUCUGCUCCCAAAGACAGUACUCAGUUACCUGCUUAGGGAAUAACAUUGGCACAGUGCUUUACAGAAGCAAGAGAAGUUUGGACUAGCAACACACCAAACACUUCCGUCUUAUUCCGCCUCCUCCACCUGCAUCACCCCUACCCCUGAUGGAAUGAAGCCGUGCUCAUAGCUAAAUAGAAGAAUAACUAUUAACCAAAAAUAAACUAUGCUAUGCUAUGAUACGCUAUACUAUACUAUACUAUGCUAUGCUAUGCUAAAGAUGUGUCAACCUGCCUUUGAAUUAUGUUCAUCUAUCAUGGCCAAACAAAACCAUCAUUGUACCCUUAACAAUCAUGGUAAAGCACUUAAAUAUGAUUUUAAAAAAUAGGGGCAAGUGAACAACAAGAGCACAUGUUAUGUGUGAGGUCACAAAAUCAUGGAUUUGGUAAAUGUAAAAAUGUUUCUCAUGAUAAAACAUUUCACACAACACUUAC